UCUGCCUUCCGUCUGCUAUUAUCAGUCAAUACUCAAUAGUUACAUGGUGAAGGAAUAAGGUUAACUUUCGUCGUUCGCGAAGAAAAUAAACUUUCCGUUCAUAGAUAUAUACACAAACGUGGAUUCAUCAAGAAAUUCGUAGAAUUCUGGCCUUUGUCGACGUUUUAAUUUCUUCAAAAAAAUGGCACUCAAUGUACAAGACCACGAUAUGGACUGGGAAGAGGAACAUAGUCCGUUUUACGGAGUGAGAGAAGCGACAUUGUUUCUCGUCGAUGCCACACAGAAGAUGUUUGAGGUAGACCCGGAGACCAAACUCAGUUAUAUCCGAAACUUUUUCAAGCUGUACAAGCAAAUUCUUCGGCAAAAGCUAGCGUGGAAUAUGCAAGAUUGGAUGAGCGUGGUGUUAUUUGGCACCGAAGGUAGCGACGCAGACUCGGCAUGGCCGAACAUACAGACCCUCCACGAACUACGAGUUGUUACGCUGGACGAUUUACAGCGGAUCAGAAAACUAACCAAAAGCGGCAUGGCGGGUUACCAGAGCAUGAAAUCCAAGGACGCUUAUCCGCUUUACGACGCGCUGACAUACGCCAUGGACGUCUUCUUCAAGAUAAAAACAGUCCUCACCGUACGCAGGAUAGUUCUGAUCACUUGUCACACCCCCGAAUUCGCGGACGCCGAGAAGCACCGCAUCAGGGCGAAGGCUUCGGACUUGAAGGACUUGGACAUCAAGCUGCACGUGAUCGGUUUACCGACGAAUUGGGUGAAGGAUCGGUUCUACAAAGAUUUAGAGAUGGUGUCGAGGAAGACGAAUAUUGACGACAGAAUGACGUCGCUGGAGGACCUGGUGCAGCAGAUUAAAGCGCCGUCCAAGAAUAUCGCGCGCUUGAGCCUGAUAAUGCACAAUGGUCUGGAGAUUGAUGUGGUCGUGCGUACACUGGGCAGAAAACGUAGAUGCCUGCAAACGAAGCCGCUGAGCAAAGCGACUAAUCAAGUCUUGUCGAGAUCGACAUAUUUUAAGAGUGAAGAUUUUUAUGAUGAGGAGAACAGUGACAACGAGGAACUUAUGAUUCCGGAGGAAAUUAACAUGGAAAGUAAGGAGCUUAUCGGCGGCAAGAAGCUGCGUUUCAUACAGAACGAGCUCAAGCGGAUAAAGCACAUACAUCCGCCGGCCAUCAAGAUAAUCGGCGUGAUGCCUAUACCCGACGAUCUCUUCAGAUACCACGUUAAACGGAAGGACUUCGUCAGAGCGGAUUACGGUAGCACUCGUAAAGAUAAUCUAUUGGUCUUCGGCGCUUUAUUGAAUAAAUGCGCCGCCAAGGGGAGAAUGAUAGUGUGCGCGUUCACAUUGCGGCAGAAUACCCAAACCAAUCUCUGCUACCUGAUUCCGAAUGCUGAAUUGGGCGGCUUUUACCUGUCGAAAAUCGCAUUUCAAGGAAACAUAGGAGACAAGAGCGAAACGUUGCAACAAUACGCCUUUGGUACGCAGAAUUGUGUAACUGGCGAGCAGGUUGACUUGUGGAAAGAAACGAUCGACCAACUCGACAGGAAGUACGAUCCGUAUAUGUUCAGAUCUUACAAACUGGAUUGUCAAAUACAGAUUGUGGAAAGAUUGGCUCUGGAUAAAGAACCCGGUCCUCCGCCGAUCGAUACCAUCGAGCGAUCGUUUCGGGAGGCCUACAAGAAGACAGCUGAUUUAGUGCCUGAAUUUAAAAAAAUGUAUCCUGAUUUGAGCUAUUUCGAUGGUCCAACAAAAGCAAAAAGGGCUAGAAAAAACAAGAAUACAUAAUUGUUAACCGAUUACAUGUAAUUUUGUAUGCAGAAUAUAAUGUUGCGCGAUAAGAAUAUUUUUUAUAAUAUAUAGAAAUCGCAUUUUAUUUCUCAAAGGUUACUUCACUUGCACGAUAGAGUUUAUAAGAAAAAUAGGUACUACUUACUAUAUGAAAGAUAAGAAUAUUGUUGUUUUUAAAUGCAUAUUUUAUUUCACAAUAAAAAUGCACUUGUAUCUGUGAAAUUGUGUAUUGAAAUCUUGCUUUUCAAAAAUAAAUUAUUUUGAUAUUA